UAGUUCAGAUAAGCUGUGGGAGCCACUGGUAGAAAAUCCCAGCACAGAAACUUCUUUUCAGCUGUCCAGUGAGCGCACACCGAUAGCUCCACGCAAAAAGCAUUUUCACUUUAACAGAGCUUUGAUUAACCACUCUGCUACGACAGAUUUUUAAUGCCUGCAGAAGCAUGCAACACCCACUUCUGGCAUGUGGAGCAGCCCAGCCUGUAGUGAGACAUGUGACCAUCAGGACAUUUUAUCUGCAAGCCAAGUAACUCAGUCAAUAUUUGCAAGGUCUGGGAGGAAAACUUUAACUGCUUUAUUUGACGUAAUGCCGCUAAUAACAUCAGAAGAACCUGAUGCUCCUUUUAUUUCCAUUGUCUUUGCAUGACAGAUGUUUCUGGCAUCUGUAUCUGAAAAUGAAGGACAGACUGGAAGAGUUUAGAACUAGAGUGAAAGAAGAUGAGUUACUCGACUUUGAAGAGAACUUGGUAUUUGACAAUCCUGUCUAUCAAGAAACAGAGAAUCAUGAAAUGGACAAGUUUUUUCAGGAGGUAUCUGGGCUUUCAGUUUCACUAAAGGGUCUGACAGAUCUUGCCAGACUCAUUGAGAAAAAACAGGGGGAUGUCCUUUGCAGCACCACGGAGACAGACAUUUAUGAAGGAAAGAAAGAGUUAAGUAAAAUGAAAACUACCUUCAUUUCUGAUGCUACAGCAAUUCAGUCUCAGCUUAGCAAAAUGAAGGCAGCUUUGGCUGAGGACAGUAAAAACUGGAUGGCAGAGUACCGCAUCCGUCAAAGCCAGUUCAGCGCCUUAGCAAAUCGAUACCAAGGAGUUAUGACUCAACAUUACAUCAACGAGACAAAGUACGUGGGGAUGCUGAAAGAACAGAUUAUGAGGCAGGCAGAACUGGCUGGAUUGGAUCUUCAGGAGGAUGACAUCAAUCAAUUAAUAGGCAGCCAAAUGGCUCCACAAAUUGUUGGAAAAGAUUUAGAAAUCCUCAAAGCCAAACAACACCUUGCCAUGGCCCAACAGAGACAUAAACAGCUUAUGGACCUUGAAGUCCAGAUUACUGAACUUCACUUGAUUUUUAUGCAGCUGGAAAUGUUAGUCUCAGAGCAGCAGGAUAUUAUCAAUAACAUCGAGUUCAACGUGAUACACACUCAGGAAUACAUAUCUCAGUCUAAUGAAGAAGUCAAGAAAGCGAUCAAAUACCAGAAACAAUCACGUGUAGCUGCUGCCGUCUCAGCACUGCUGGGCCUUUGUGCUUGUUGCACCUGUCUUGCUUGUCUGCCUGGAGUCUCAAAGUAAAACCAAUCAUAAACAGUCCAAAUAAUGUUGGUCUUUUAGCUGUUUAUUCACUUAAAAGUGAGAUGUAUGACUCCAACAAGGUGGUUUCUACCUGUAUGAAGCUAUUUCACUUCUUUAGCCUUGGAAUGGGACUAUCCAGAUUGCUUAGGACCUGGAAUUUUGUGGAUAAGGGAUCUUUCUGUAAUUUGGAUCACCAUGCCUGAAGUCUCUAAAAAAUCAUUUAAACGUGAAAUAAACCCAAUAGGAUUGGUUUGCCUCCAGUAAGGAUUAUUUAUAUCUUAGUUACAGAUCUAUUAUCUAUUAAGGGACAAAUACAAUAUGAUCCUUCCUAUGUUAGUCCAGCUAUAGUGUAACAAUUUGUGAUGUGCCAACAAAAGAGUAAAAUAUGUUCAGUAUGAUGCAGUUUGGCAAUAUGAUUAGAGUAUUUCAAGUUACCAUGGUUACGGUGAUAGAAACAGUUACACAAGAUACAUAUGCCAACUCUGCUUUUUAUUAAAGACACAUAAUGAGGUUACCAGAGUGAGCCCGAAUGCAAUGCUGAAGUAGAGAAGUAGCAGUAAUUAUAUCUGACGCAGAACUGCAUGAGUUAACAUAGGUCUAAUGAGGCGCCAAGGGGUAAAACAGGGACUAUUACUUUGUAAACAGAGGUGUCUACCUCUUCCACAGUCAUGGCUGUUAAAUAACCUCCCUCUUACUAGGUUACUAGGUUACACUGAUUCGUUAUGUCUUUUAUCUCUGUUUAUGUUUACAUGAAAGGAGAGGCCUAACAAGUGUAAGGCUGAGGUAUCCCUUAAAUAAGAUAUUUUGAUAACAUAACUUAUUUGUAGAAUAGACAGGAACUUUAUAGUGCAUGUUUUAUGAUAUAAUAUUAUGCUUAUAUUUUAUUCCUAUGGAAAUUCUCAGUUUAAAGCACCAGUGUAAAUUGAAUUUUAAUAGUGUAGAUAUAUACAGUAUAUAACAAUGCAUGCUGUAUAUAACACAAGGACUUUCUGACACAGUGGUGUAAAGCCAGUUGCUGUAAUACUUAUUAUACUGUGUAUGUAAUAUAUAUUUAUAUUUGGGUGCAUAUUUAAAACGUGUCCUUAAUCAAUGAGUCCUUUUCUGUCUUGAGAAAAGUAAUAAACAAAACAUGUUGUAUUAAAUCUU